AUGCCAUCCCCUGAUCAAUCAUCGCAUAGGAAUAAAGACAACAAAGAACUAGCUUUUCAGGAAAGCGGCGAGUCUCUUCGUUGUGGGGAAUAUGAGACACAUUCUUUUCUGAGCGAAAGAGCCUGGCGCGGUUGUCGUAAUGACGAGUUUGACUCGGCAAAGAACGAAGGCGACAUAUCUGAAGAUGGAUGCACUCAGCCACAGAGAAGACUCUCCGUAUUGGAUCGUGUCUUGAGUCGCACUUCGGCUGUGGACAGCGACCUUGGACCUCCACCUGAUGGUGGCUUUUGGGCCUGGGCGUCAGCCAUUGCCGGGCAUAUAGUCAUGCUGAACUCAUGGGGGUACAACAGCUCCUUUGGCGUCUUUCAGACAUAUUACACAGCACACCUCGAUAAUUCAGCAAGCCAAAUAUCCUGGAUAGGAUCGGUCCAAAUAUCUGCACUGUUCUUUAUGGGAGCCCUGUCUGGCCGUCUCACGGAUGCCGGCUACUUCCGUACCACUUUCGCUGCCGGCACACUACUCACCUGUCUCGGUGUAUUCAUGACUUCUCUCAGUACGACAUUCUGGCAACUCCUCCUCUCACAGGGUCUCUGUACAGGGCUAGGUAACGGUCUGAUGUUUACCCCUAGCCUUGCUGUUGUUUCUACAUACUUCAAGCGGAGAAGGGCCCUGGCCUUUGGUAUCACUGCUACCGGAAGUGCCACGGGAGGGUUGAUAUUCCCGUCUAUGGCUCGUCAGCUCCUUAUGAGCGUUGGCUUUGCUUGGACGGUUAGAGCCAUGGGGUUGGUGCAGCUUAUCUCACUGGUCAUGGCGAAUCUACUCCUAAGACCUAGAAUACCGCCGAGACAAUCGGGUCCAUGGAUUGAUCUAGCGUCGUUCAAGGAAAAGGGUUACUUGUUCUUUGCAAUCGGAAUCUUCCUUAUAUUUUGGGGGACAUUCUUCCCGUUCUACUACCUCGCCUCUUUUGCAGUUUCACAAUUGGACAAACCCCUCACGUACUCCGCCGCAUUGAAUGUCCUUCUGGUCGUCAACGGUGUUGGGAUCAUCGGCCGUUCACUACCAAACGCCAUUGCACAUCACUUCGGAAGCAUCGCAGUUCUCAUACCUGUCGUGUUCACCUCAUCUAUCUGCUUAUUCACGUGGCCUGCAGUAUCAACAGAAGCGGGUUUGUACGCAUGGGCUAGUGUUUAUGGCCUUGUCGCUGGAGCAUCCAUGAGUUUGUUUCCUCCUGCUUUGUCAGAUUUGACAACGGAUGUGCACAAGACAGGUGUGAGGAUGGGCAUGAUCUUUACAACGAAUAGUAUCGCAACUCUCACUGGGCCGCCUAUUGCUGGUAUGAUUAUCAGGCGUUCUGGAGGUCAUUACCUAGGGGCGCAAAUCUUUGCUGGUGCAUCGCUUCUUUUGGGUGGGGUGUUUGUUUUUAUGGCUAAGCGUUUCAGGAGAGUUGAGGAUCAGGAUAGAGCUACAUGA